UUCUUCAAUCUCAAGAACCCAAAAAAAGAAAGAGUUAUUUUCUCUUAUAAACACAAUAAAAAGAAGGAAAAUGUUGGGUUCAUCAGAGUGGAGUAGUGGGUGCGAGUCAGGAUGGACUUUGUACUUAGACCAUUCUGUCUCUUCUUCUCCGAGUUCUUCUUGUAAACAAAGAAGAAGCAAAGAUUCCUGGAGCCAAAACUAUGUGCAUCAAGAAGAAGAUGACGAAGAAGAUUUGUCGAUGAUGUCAGAUGCAUCUUCUGGCCCAAGGAAUAUAUGUGAGGAAGAUUCUGUGAAAAAGUUAAACAGUGUUGGUCCCAAGAAACAGAACAAGAGUGAAAAGAAAAGAAGAGAUAGUGAAAAGAUAAACUCGGUUCUUGAUGAUACUGCUAGUUCUCAUAAAAGUAUGGGUGGUAAUAAGAUAGAGCAAACCUUUCAAGAAAGUACUUUGGAUUAUUCGCAAGGCUUCUCGGCAACUCACAUUCAGAAGAAAGCAGCAUUCCAAGAACAAUAUGGUUAUUUGAAAAUGGAAACAAGAUUCUAAAUAACCAGUGGUUUUAGUGUGAAGAUCGAAAUGAAGAGCAACUAUUUGGAAGCUUUCAUGGAUUCAAGUACAUUGUGAAAGAAAGGAAGGGCUUAAGCGAAAAAAAAGUGUUAUAAAAGGAACCCAAAAAUGAAGAGAUCGAACCAAAGAAAGGUUCUCACAUAUCUCCAAUGGAUCUGAAUCUUUUCUCUUUUGAUUUGUAAUUUCGCCACAAAUGAGCUUUUCCUUGUAGCCUCCCUUAUGUAACUCUUGGUUUACAACACUUCAAUUGCAAUUUUUCUGUCAUGGGUGCAUUUUGUUACGUCAAAACAAACUAUAAUUUUA